UUUUGGGUUUGGCCCUCGCGGCGACCCGUACCUUCCCGCCGCUCCUCUCGCUCUGUGCUCUCCCCCCGGCCCGGGGAAAUGGAGGAACCCCCCGAUGGCUUCGGCUCCCAACGGUCGCUCCCCGGCGCUGGGUCCAGAGCGGCCCGAGGAGGGGAUGCUCUGUGUGCCGGAACGGUGAGAGUUUCUCAGAGGCAAUCCUCCCGUUGCAGCUGCUGACAGCACUGAAAACCUGUGUGCUUCGUGGUGUCCAUCGCCCAGCUGGCAACGAUUCCCUGGUGUUUGGUGCAUUAAGUCACACCCAGCUGUGUGGGAUGGCAGAGUCAGGUGGGCCCUUUAUUGAACAGAUUUAUCUGCUACAAGGCUACGCAGAAGGAUGGAAAGGAGGAACACAGGGGGGAAAAAAAAAUAGAUGAAAGGCCAUGCAUUGAUCACCUGAUGUACUCCAGAGACAAACAUGGCUAUUACAGGGGCUGGUUCUGGGGUAACAAGGAAACACAAGGCCUAAACACCUCUGGCUUGUCUGUCCAAGGAUCUGCCUCAAUUGUGGCUCCCAUCCUUCUGAAGAACUCUUCAGCACAGUGAGUUACCUUCUAUAACUAUUUAUUGUUGUAUUGUUGUUGUGAGACCUCAUUGCUGGGUGAGAAGACCAGGGGAAAUUAAAGGCUGUAUGCCACUGUUACUUCACUGAAUUCUUGUACUCUGUUAAAAUCAAAACAAAAGGGAUUUACACUGUAAGAAACACUUAAAUGUAAGUUAAGGUAAAGGUCACAGUGCUAAAACCUAAGAGCAGAUAGCCUUGAGCUCCUUUAUAUUCCUACUCCUGCCUCCAGGGUAUCAUCAGCUAUCCCCUAGAUCUUGCAGUGGAAGAGAUGCUGAACCAUCAGCUGUUCCAUAUUCUACACCACGUGUCUUUUUACCAUGCUCCUCUGAGAAGCAUCUCUCCCUUCUCUGUUUCUUUGCAGACAAGAAGGGAGAAAUUGGGAUUGCCUUUGUUCUUUUGCCUGUUCAUAAAAAGGCCGCUUGUGGCUGUGUGCAGUGGCAACUGCAUCACAGAAUCUUAGAGGUGAUUAUUCGCAGGUUAAGGAAAUAAUUCCCUUUUUUGUCACUGCUGCGCUGAAUUUCAUAGGCGUGUGUGUGGCUCGAUGCCUAAGAUAUUUAAAGCAGGUUUUAUUCUUACAGGGGUUUUGCACACUAAAGUGUGCGCCCAGGUUUUGUUUCCAGAGGUGAGGUGUAGCGCUGGGUGUUUCAUUUGGUGUGUUACUUGUUCUGUUGUGUCAAUAACUGCAGUGUCCUCCCUGUGCCUGUGUAUUGCAGGGGCAGUCGAGUGCUGGUUAUAAAGGUGGUGAUAAUUAGGAAUAAGCUGUUCAAGCUUGGAUAAAUGUUUAGAAAUCAUUGCUUUGAUAUUGCUGUGUAAAACGCUCGCUCGCGGUGGGAGAAUUCUCCAGGGUCAAGCUGUUCAGGUAUGUGCAGUUUAUUAUAUGGGUAAAGAGAGGGGAGAGCUGUGUCCGCCACCAGCCUCGGCGUCCACGUGGACGUUUCAUUCGUUUUCCAUUUAUUUUAUUCUCUAAAUCUUCAGAGUGCCAGGAAAAUACCGGGUUUUUUUAAUGUAGGGCCAUACUGGAAAUACAAAACGUUCUCAGCUGGGCUCUCUUUUAUAAUUUUGGCUGUGUUCUCGGCCAAUAGAAAUGAGCAGAGGACAGAGCAGAGGCAGCUCAGUCCAUGCUCCACAACAUGGGAUAUUUUAGCUCAUUCCGUAAUUAAGAGACCAAAAGCCAAAAAUGUUCCUCUAGAAACGAAUGGCUUUCCCUGUUUGGGGUAUCUCACUGUCCUCUCCUGGCUGCAUUAUCCAUCUGCAGACCACUCCGUCUCCCCCAAGCUCUUCCAUUAAAUUCCCAGCCCACAUUGCUUGGACCAGCAUCAUCUCUCUUAAUUCCUGCCAGCCUGGAACUUGUUCAUGAAGUUUCCUUUUAUAGCUCCAAUUGUUUGCACAAACCCAGAGGAGCCGCUUGGCCGGAGAAAGUGCCCAGUGGAGCAUGUGGAGCCUGGCCCCAGCCAGGCUGGAACAUCUCCCCGAAUUCUCCAGGGCGUACAAAGUACAGCUGCACUCUGCAGAUAAUAAAUGGAGAGCUCUGGGAGGCCUGAGCAAGCAGAAUUGCUCAUUUUUAAUUCACAGCCUUGGAAAUCAGGGGGGUUUUGAGGUGAAAUUGUGCCCAGAGUUCCUUUGUCCGGUGGUCCCAGGGAGCCUUAGCGCUGCCCCUGGAUUACAAUGCAGGUUUGUCUGAGGUGCCUGCACGUAAAGAACGUCCAGAGUCACCUCUGACUUCACUGGAAGGUGCAUAACCCCCUUUUUGGGGUUUUAUUGCCAGGUAAGGGACUCUGCCCAGUCCUUCCUGACAGUCCACGUCCCUCUCUCCGUGUCCUACGUCUGUGUGACGGCACCGAGGGGCUGGGCUUCCCUGGAGCACCGCACCGAGAUGGAGUUCUCCUUCUUCUACGACACCGUUCUCUGGAGGACAGGGAUCCAGACGGACAGCGUGCUCUCGGCCCGCCUGCAGAUAAUCCCCAUCUACAUCCGCGAGGACGGACGGCUGGUCAGCGAGUUCAGGACGCAGGCCAAGUUCAGAGCGCUGUUUGUCACGGAGCACCACAGCCUGCCAGAUGUCAGGUCCUCUUGGAGAACUCCAGAGCACCUGGGAGGCAUCGAAUUUGACCUGCAGCUGCUGUGGAGUGCUCAGACUUUUGAUUCUCCCUACCAGCUCUGGAGAGCAACCAGCUCCUACAACAGGAAGGAUUACUCUGGAGAAUACACCAUGUUCCUGAUCCCCUGCACGGUGCAGCCCACGCAGCCGUGGGCAGAGCCUGGAGCCAAGCCCCUGCCCUGCACGGCUCACGCUCCCGAGCGGUUUUUGAUCCUGAUCACCUUCCAGCAGACAAGCCGCCCAGUUCCAGUUGUUUACUCCCAGAACGCAAGAGUUUCAGAUCUGUAACGACGAGAAGGUUUUUCUAAUGGACCCCACCAAAUCGGAAAGGUCUCUGGCAGAAAUGGAUUACAAGGGGGCUUUUUCCAAGGGUAGGAUUUACCUCUCCU